UCACUAGAUUUCCCCGACCCGUAUCGCCUCUUCAGGAUGUGGCCAUCAUCAUUGGAAGCCGUGAACAGUUAGCAGUGUUGUUGCAACUGUAUGACUAUCAGCUAGAACAUGAGGGUACCACAGGCUGGGAGACUUUGCUAUGGGUAGUCAAUCAACUGCUCCCACAGCUUAUAGAAAUAGUUGGCAAGAUCAAUGUAGCAUCAACUGCCUGUGUCCAUGAGUUCUCUAGAUUUUUCUGGAGACUCUGUAGGACAUUUGGGAAGAUUUUUACAAACACUAAGGUAAAACCACAGUUCCAGGAAAUCUUAAGACUCUCUGAGGAAAACAUAGAUUCCACAGCAGGUAACGGAGUGCUAACAAAAGCCACGGUUCCCAUCUAUGCAACAGGGGUCCUUACAUGUUAUAUUCAGGAAGAAGACCGCAAGCUGUUAGUUGGAUUCUUAGAAGAUGUAAUGACCAUGCUUUCACUAUCCCAUGCUCCUCUUGAUAGCCUGAAAGCUUCCUUUGUGGAACUGGGUGCAAACCCAGCUUAUCAUGAGCUGCUCUUAACUGUCUUAUGGUAUGGAGUUGUCCAUACUUCCGCUCUUGUUCGAUGUACAGCUGCUAGAAUGUUUGAGCUGUUGGUGAAGGGGGUACAUGAAACUCUGGUAGCUCAGAGAGUUGUUCCUGCUCUCAUUACUCUCUCCAGUGACCCUGAAAUUUCAGUAAGGAUUGCAACAAUUCCUGCUUUUGGGACCAUCAUGGAAACUGUUACUCAGAGAGAGCUUCUGGAAAGAGUAAAAAUGCAGCUGGCAUCUUUCCUGGAGGACCCUCAAUAUCAAGACCAACAUUCUCUACAUACAGAAAUCAUAAAAACAUUUGGAAGAGUUGGACCUAAUGCUGAGCCCAGAUUUAGAGAUGAAUUUGUUAUUCCACACUUGCACAAGUUAGCCUUGGUCAACAACCAGCAGUCUGUGGAUUCGAAGAGACUGGAUAUCGCUACCCACCUGUUUGAAGCCUACAGUGCUCUUUCCUGUUGUUUUAUUUCAGAGGAUUUAAUGGUCAAUCACUUUUUACCAGGACUUAAGUGUUUACGAAUUGACAUGGAACAUCUCUCACCAGAGCAUGAGGUUAUUUUAAGCUCCAUGAUAAAAGAGUGUGAACAGAAAGUGGAAAACAAGACCGUCCAAGAACCGCAGGGCUCAAUGUCGAUUGCAGCGAGCCUUGUGAGUGAAGAUACAAAGACCAAGUUUUUGAACAAAAUGGGCCAGCUGACUACAUCAGGUGCAAUGCUGGCUAAUGUGUUUCAGAGGAAAAAGUAAGAUGGGAAAAGGAACUCCCAGCUAACACUAAGAUGGACCUCACAGAGACUGGUUCCUGUACUUGAAGUACUUGCCUUUUAAUUUCUUCUGUCUUAUGUUCUUGUAGUAUAAUUUUAUUCUAACCUCCAAAGAUAUUUGCACUGCUUUUGAAUAUCGCUGUGUAUCUGUUAAUUUUGGGUUAACUGUGGUUGAUAUAAAACUGAAAUCAUAGUCUGUACCAAGUCCCUGUUCUGUGUUCUUGUCUUUCCAGCAUAAUUUUUUUAUAUAGUGGAAGGUUUUGGUUUUUUUUUUUAAUUUUCUGACAGGGUAUCAGCAAAUAUCUGUAUUGUACAUGGAGCUAUUAUGAUGGUACUUAAAAUAAUGUAAAUUUGAAGUCAUUGUCAUGAAGUAAUAAAAGUGGAGAUUACUUAUGUAUUUAAAUUAUGAAAGAGUAAUGCAGAUUUUUUUAUUAUGUUUCUAAAAAGAAGAGGAAGAGCCACCAGCAUUUGUCUGUGCUUCUAGGGUUGUUUUUGUAAGUAUUGUGCAUCUUGAAUCCAGAAGAAUUGCAGUAUCUAAUGUAGGAGACUGCUUGCACUGCAUCAGUCUGCAGGGAAUGCUCAUGUUUCAGAUGCUUUAUGCUGACAUUGUAAAUGCUGUACAAAGUCCUUCAGAUAAAAUUCUCACAUCUGU